ACAUCACUUGUCCCAGUAAAAAAGACCCAACUAAGCAUUAUGAGUUUCAAAGCGAUCCAGAUCGCAGCCCUUGGACGACCAUUACACCCCGGAAUGCUGUAUGACUGCCGUGAUGACAGCUUCAUUCCAGGUGUCACAUUGUGGGAUGCUGAAGAUAUUGAAAAGAACAUGACCGUACAUGAACAGAACCAAACAAAAUCUGAAAUCACUGCCUCUGACUCUCUUAGUAAGAAGUCCAGCCUGCUGGACGUAAGUGCCUCCCUGAAGGCGAGUUUCUUUGGGGGCCUGGUUGAGGUUGGAGGGUCAGCAAAGUAUCUCAAAGACACACUGACCACGGAAAGUCAGUGUAGAGUGACUAUGCAUUACAGCCAGAAGACUGUGUUUAAGCAACUCAAUAUGAAGAAUAUUGGCAAAAUAACUUACGCAGAUGUGAUUAAACAUGGAACAGCCACUCAUGUUGUCACAGGUGUGCUGUAUGGAGCUGAUGCCUUUUUGGUUUUUGACCAAACUACUUCCAGAAAUGAAGAUAAGCAGGACAUUCAGGGCUCACUGGAAGUCAUGGUCAAGAAAAUUCCAUUAAUUCCUUGUAGUGGAGGUGGAAAACUGGAAAUGACAGAUGAGGAACAGCAAAAGGUGGAGAAACUCCAGUGCACCUUCUACGGUGAUGUCAAAUUGGAAGAAAAUCCAACGACCUACAUGGAAGCAGUGAAAGUUUAUAAAGACCUGCCAAGGCUUCUAGGAGAGAGAGGAGAGAAGGCUGUCCCAAUGACAGUGUGGCUUUACCCUCUGAAGUACCUGGACAACAGGGCAGCCAAGUUAGUGCGGGAGAUCAGUGAGAACUUGAUUAUUGAGGUAGAAACCACCAUGGAAGACCUUCAGAGAGCUACCAUCACAGUCAAUGAGCUGCUGCAAAUCAGUGAGACCAUUCAGGCUACUGAUAUGCAGGCCAAACUGAAAACAUUUCAGGACAUGCUCAGGCAAUACAAGAUUACUAUACUAAAAAACAUCUCAACACUUCUUCCUAUUAUCCGUAAAGGAGCAACGGAUAAAAAGGUUCUGGAGAAAAUUCUAAAAUAUCAUCAUGAAUCAUCUUUCACACAAGCCAAGGUGAAUAAAUGGCUGGAUGAGAAGAGGACUGAACUUGUGGUGAUCAGAACUUACACCGAUGACUUUGAAAAUCAAAAAAACAUCCCAAUAGUGUCUUCCACACAGCACAAUGGAUGUAUUUUCAGCCCCCACUAUGAGUCAGUCAUCACAUUUGUCUUCACCUCCCUGAAGUAUGAAGAGCCAUACAUUUUGGAUCUCACAAAAUUUCUGCCUAAAACAUCCAUCAAAAAGAACACUGGUGAUUCCUUCAGGAAAGCUGUUAAAGAUGUCAAAUCAACCCCAUGGUACAAGACAGUCGGUGCUGGUGUAGUCAGCGAGCCCAGUGACACUGUGAAGAUUCAGACAAAAACAUUCUCAGACAUGAUAAAGCUCAAAAUGAAGUGA